AUGACCGUCAAAGAAAAGAUUGUUAUUGUUGGCGCUGGUCCUGUGGGCUCGCUGGCAGCGCUUUAUGCCGCUCAGCGUGGUCACGAUGUCGAGAUAUAUGAGCUGAGGUCCGAUCUGCGAGACCCGUCAACAUCCCUGCUCAACUUCACGCGGUCCAUCAAUUUGGCCCUCUCAGAGCGCGGGAUCAAUGCUUUGCGUCAUGCCGGCCAGCCGAAGCUCGUCGAGCAUGUCCUCAAGCCCACUAUCCCCAUGCGCGGGCGCAUGAUCCAUGGGAAGUCGCCCGACGGUAGCCUCUAUGAAGCUUCCCAGGACUAUGACAUUCACGGACGGGCCAUCCUCGCCGUCGACAGGGCCGACCUCAACAAGCGGCUGCUCGACAUCCUCGACCAUAUGCCCAACGUCCAGUUGUUCUUCAACCACAAACUGACCGGCGCCGAUUUCAAGCGUCGCAAGGCGUGGUUCGAGAUGAUGUCCUCGGAGACGGCCACGGGACGAGCCAGGGAGAUUGAAAUCGAUUUCGAUCUCAUGAUCGGGGCUGAUGGCGCCCACUCUGCCGUCAGAUACCAUAUCAUGAAGUUCGUCCAGAUGAACUACCGUCAAGACUACAUCGACACAUUAUGGUGCGAGUUUCAGAUCAAGCCGGUGGAAGACCAGGGGUCAGAUGACGGCAUGUCCAAGUAUAGGAUAUCUCCGAACCACCUUCACAUCUGGCCUGGAAAGGAUUUCAUGUUUAUCGCCAUCCCUAGCGAGGACGGUUCGUUCACAUGUACUCUCUUCCUCCCCAGCGACCAAGUGGCUACCCUCGAGCGAGACCCCUCCGCCCUCCCCGCCUUCUUCGACAAACACUUCCCCGGCGUGACCGACCUCAUCCCGCCCGAGGAUCUCAUCGCCUCUUUCAACAAGAACCCCCACCUCCCCCUCAUCAGCAUCAAGUGCCAACCCUACCACUACGGGUCCUCCGUCGUCAUCGUAGGCGACGCCGCCCACGCCAUGGUCCCCUUUUACGGCCAAGGCAUGAACGCCGGGCUGGAAGACGUCCGCGUCCUCUUCUCCAUUCUCGACAAGCACGCCGCCCGGGAGGACAACCACCCCACAACCACCGAGGUAGACGCCGACACCGCAACCGCAACCGCAACCGCAACCGCAACCGCAACCGCAACCGCAACCGCAACCGCAACCGCAACGACAACGACAACGACGACAAAGACCGCCGCCGCGUUCCACCGCCAAGUCGCCCUAGCCGAGUACACCACCGUCCGCGUCCCCGACGCCCACGCCAUCAACGACCUCGCGCUGCAAAACUACGUCGAGAUGCGCGCCUCCGUGCUCUCCCGCCGCUACCGCCUGCGCAAGUGGCUCGAGGAGCUCAUGUCCGUCCACGUGCCCCGCCUGGGCUGGCAGACCAAGUACUCCCGCGUCAGCUUCGGCAACGAGCGGUACUCCGAAGUCGUCGCUAAGAGCGAUCGCCAGGGGAAGAUCCUGGUGUCGGUUUUCGAAGCGCUGGUGUGCAGUCCCUUUGUUGUCGCCGUCGCUGUUUUGUGGUGGAAGCGGCCUCAGAGAGUCGUUGGUGCCGUCCGAGGUGUGCUCUCUUGGCUUCUCGGUGCUCUGAGUUGA